AUGUCAAGGUUACAGGUUCUGGGUACUGUAGCUUCUAUAAUGGAAAGGGAAUAUCGUGACGACUGGGCCGAGUGGAAGGUUGCUACUUUUGCAGCAGAUUACGCCUCUUGUGUUGUUAUGUUCAUCCCCAUGUACUGGUCGAUUCUCUCGUUGAAGGAGGCUCGUGAGACUGAUUGGAAUGCUGCUAGGAAUUUGUCAAAAUUGAGUCGAUUUGUGAUGGUGGCUGUUGGAUACGUGUACUUUACGAGAAUUGUUUUUGUCAUGGGAAUGGGUACCAUUGUAGAUGACAAGUGGCCAUGGGCGAUUGAUGCGGCAACCGAAACAAGCAACUGUAUGGUUGUAAUGUUUUACAUGUACAUGCCAUUACAGAUAAAGGUUGAUGUUCUAGGGGAUGAUCAGGAGGUAGGGCUUUGA